UGUUUGUUCAAACUGCGAAAGAUGGAAAGGAAUUAUACUUUUACUGGUGAUUUCAGUCCGGAGGCAGUAGCAGGAGUUCUUAGUAUUGAGAUGAUACUAGCUCUCAUAGCUAAUGGUGUUGUACUAGUCAUUACUAUUUAUCAAAGGAAGUCCUGGAAACAAUCAUCAACAGUAUUCUUUACUUCUCUCAUACUGGCACACCUUGUAAUAAUGUUGGUUCUUCCUUUCACAAUUACUUCAUUAGCUGCUCGUGAGUGGAUCAUUGGUAGUACUGAUGAGGAGAAGGAAGGAACCUGUGAUUUCACUGCUUACAUAUUGCAUUAUAGUGGUAAUAUCAUGUACAUCACAGUAAGUCUUAUAUCAAUUGAUCGGUUUCUUUUUAUUGUGAAGCCUCAUCUCCACAAGCGGUUCAUGAGUCCAAGGGUAGCUCUGGUAUUUGUCAUUAUUGUGUGGAUAGCCACUGCUCUCUUUUUCUCUUCAUGA